ACAAGUCGGCGAAACUCAUAGCGACAAAUCACCCCUUAUAUGUAUAUAGCUUAACUAUACUAUAUAAAUCGCAGCUAUAAAAGACAAACAUGUUUACACUGCGCCGCUUCAGUCAGCGUUUGUAUCCAAAGCAAAUUCAACACCUGAAAAUGUCACAUGUCGGUGAACUUGGAAGUGGAGCAGGCAAGGGCGGCGGUGGCGGUGGAUCCAUCCGAGAGGCAGGAGGUUCCUUUGGAAAGAUGGAGGCUGCUCGCGAGGAGGAGUUCUUCUACAAGCAGCAAAAGGAGCAGCUGAAGAAUCUGAAGACCAAGACAGACACCAAGGCGCCUGAGGCACCCAAGAAGUGAAAUGUUUUAAAAUGUAGAUUCUGCUUCGUAGCACUUGAUUCUACAGUCUGAUUUGUAUUUAUUAAAAAUUGUUUUUUGAAAUAAACUAUAUGCAUUAAGUUCGUUAAAAA